AUGCAAGCACGGCUUGCUAUUGGAGGGUAUUUACAACCCGGCGCUAACCCGCGCUUUGAAAGAUGGUUCGUUGAAGACUCGAAUGUUGAUCAAGCUCUGCAGCAGGAUUCCCCGACUGAAUCCAAUGGAACAGAAGAAGAUCAGGAUAGCGGUCCAGAGCAUAAUGAAAUAAACCAACGACCUGUUCGCAGGACUCCGCCGGACGAUCCUCCCAUCAACCCAUUAAAUUUGGGCUCGGCGGGUGGCAUCAAUAACCAAGUCGAGCCUAACGAAGCCAAUCAAGCGAAACGGCGAAGAAUUGAACUUGAAUUCGAACUCGAAAGGAAAAAGGUCGAACGUUCCCGCAAGAUGGAUGAUCUUUUACGUCAAUGCGAGAGAGAAGAAGAAGAUAUUAAAAUGGCAAUCGAGCGCGAAAAGCUCUUGGCUGGUGCGCUCGAUGGAUCGAUUCAAGGAAACCCAAUCCUUUCCUCCACACCGAAGCGCAAUAUGGAUACCAUCGGAAACUUACGACCCGUAGAAACAACCGAAAGAUCGGCAACAUUCGCUCCGCCAAGUCGUUGGCCAAAGAUUAUCGUCGAAAAAUUCAACGGGGAUCCGCGAAAAUGGCAAAGAUUCGCGCACGGUAUUCACGCCACCGUUCGCGACGCAAACAUCCCUGACUCCUACAAGCUUCUGGGCCUUCAAGACAACAUUACGGAAGAUAUUCGGAAAAGGAUGGGCCACAUCUUCAACGGAUCAUAUGCAUUUGAGUCGGCUUGGAAUGAAUUGGAAGUUAAAUAUGGAAAUCCAGGUCUUAUAAUGCAGGCGCAUAACCAGCACCUUCUCCAAGUCCAGCCUUUCAAAACCGGAGACUUUAAUUCGCUCUUCACUUUAGCGGCAGAUGUCCGUGAUGCCGUAUCAAGCGUUUCCGUUGAGCACUCCAAGGAAUUUACGUUUUCAACCGUCAUCUCCUCGCUCGCCUCAAAGCUUCCAAUUCAGCUUCAAAUCGACUGGGGAAAAUAUGCAUAUUCCCUUCGUCCGAAUCUACCAUCGCUACGAGAUUUCGACAAGUGGAUUGAUAUCGCUGUCGGAGCAGAAGAGUAUCGUGGAAUUCGACUUUCCGUGGCCGGAGAUGUCGUUAAUAAACCCGCCCAUAAUACUCACCCUCGGCAGCAAGGCGGCUAUGGUCAACCUGGUAGCAGUAAUUAUCGUGGACCUACUGUGUUGACGAACGGAAUUCAAGAAAAAGUAGCAGCUCCGCAGUGCCCUGCCUGCAGUGCCAAUCCUGGUCAUCGCCUCGAGUAUUGCAACGUUUUCAAGAAAAUGUUGGUCAACAAACGAGCAGCUCUCUGCGCCGACAACAAUUUUUGUUUCAAAUGCUUGACACAAGGCCACUACGGAAGAAAUUGCUCCCGCACUGACGUGAAGUGUAAGGACUGCGGAAAGGCGCACAACACUCUCUUACACGGAGCCGAUCGCCAAUUUCCGUCUGCAAAAACUCAAGAUGCGUAAUCGGCCGGGCGGGACUGUUGUGCAUCGGCACAGGUGAUGAAAGAAAUCGCGAUAUGGCAACGGUGGCGGGGGAGGAGAAGAAAACGAGCGGCCAGUCGAUCCAGAUAUUUCAACGAGGCCGGAACAUUCCGGCGAAUCGAGAGUUUUUUGUGGUUAAUUUUGAGUUUAAUCGAAUCGACUGUAAGGUGCGCGU